CCAGGGUUGGAGGAUAAGCAGUCAAAAUAAUCUCAUUGGUUCUCACAUUUACUGAUAGGCCAUGAAUUUCAACGCCUAAGCUGACAGGUUCAUAUCUCUCUAGCUGGUUAUGUAAGAAAAGUAAACUCCAAGUUAUUAUGAUGGUGACAAUCUGACUUUUCGAUUGGUUUUACUAUAAACUUUUGAUUCAUGAUCACCUGCUCUUUCAUUAUAUUAUUAUUACUAUUAUUAUUCUUCUGCUCUUGUUCAAUUAUUUUAGCUCCGCUCAGCUUCUGAUCAUUCUUGGAGGUUCACAGAAAAAACCAUGGGAGGAGAAAAGUUAUGUACUGCAGCAGAUCACCACAAUGGUGCUGAAGGUGGAUCUACAGUGCUGCAAAUGCUACAAGAAGGUCAAAAAAAUACUCUGUAAAAUCCCUCACAUACAAGACCAGAUAUACGACGAGAAGAAUGACACAGUCACAAUCAAAGUGGUAUGUUGCAGUCCUGAAAAGAUCAGGGAAAAGAUUAUUUGCAAAGGAGGAGACACCAUUAAAUGCAUCGAGAUCAAAAAGCCGCCUCCAAUAUCUAAGCCACCACCAGAUCCGAAGCCUCCUCCUCCGAAACCUAAACCACAACCAGACCAGAAGCCGCCUCCUCCUCCUCCGGAACCUAAACCACAACCAGAUCAGAAGCCUCCGGAACCUAAACCACCAUGUCAGAAGCCACCUCCUCCUCCUCCUCCGCCGGUGUUAGUUCCGAUCGGAGUAUGUUGUCAGCAAUGUUACAGUGGGUAUCCUGGUGGGCCAUGCUUUCACGGCCAUGGUGGGCCACCACCAUGUUACCAAUACGAUUGGUAUUGUGGAAGGCCAGUCUUUGAGAGCUGGGGCGGUGGAAGGAGUUGCUAUACGAGCCACUGUGAUACCCACGGAUGCACUAUCAUGUAGAUCAAUUUUUAAGUUUUGUUAGCUUCACUAGUUAUUCUCUUCUUAAUUACCACUUGCAUAUACAAGUGCUGGAAUGUCGAUUAUUAUUAUUAUAUAUAUAAGAUAGAUGGGAAAAUACUAGAAAAGAUUACAAUAACAAAGAAAUAUGGUUGUUUAUUGAUGGCGGAGGUGUUACACUUUGUGUAACUGAAAAAUAAGUGAAGCUUCCAUCAAUCAUUGCUCAAUUUGUGUUUGUGGUGUGUACACUUGCUUUUUAUUCAAUUUUGCAUAUAUAAUAAUAUUAUAUAAGAUAUAUUUUUAUCAA